AUGUUCAAGCUGUUGUGCUUCGUCACUCUCCUCUCUGUAGCCCUUAGUACUGGCUACAGAGGCAGAGGUGGUUAUGGUGGAAGUUUCUAUGGACGCAAAGGUGGCUAUGGGGGAGCUUCCUAUGGAAGCCUUGGUUAUGGAAGAGGUUCCUAUGGAGGCAAAGGCGGUUAUACAGUAGUUUACUAUGGAGGCAAAGGUGGCUAUGGAGGAGAUUACUAUGGAGGAAAAGGCGGCUAUGGAGGAGAUUACUAUGGAGGAAAAGGCGGCUAUGGAGGAGAUUACUAUGGAGGAAAAGGCGGCUAUGGAGGAGAUUACUAUGGAGGCAAAGGUGGCUAUGGAGUAGUUUACUAUGGAGGAAAAGGCGGCUAUGGAGGAGGUUCCUAUGGAGGAAAAGGCGGCUAUGGAGGAGAUUACUAUGGAGGCAAAAUCGGUUAUGGAGGAGAUUACUAUGGAGGCAAAACCGGCUAUGGAGGAAGUUUCUAUGGUGGCUUAGGUGAUUUAUAUGGAAGCAAAGGUUAUGGAGGGGUUUAUUACGAUGGUGGUUACGGAUCCGGUGGCUACUCUGGGAGAUCUUACGGAAAAGAUUACUAUUGA